UGUGAGUGUUUUGUCGUCUGAUUUUCACAAAUUGUUUUGGUGCUGCAUUUUUCCUCAAAAUCUCGCAAAAUACGCCUUUUCUCCGUCAGUAAACCACUGAAGAUGCUUCCUUGGCCUCUGGGGAGCACUUUGCGUGUGUAAUUUUGUCUGAAAGCACUUUUCACACCUGGAACUCCUUAUCGCGUCUCCCCAGGGCAGAAAUCUGUGCGAAACAAUGUCCCACACAGUUCAGCAAUUUGUCACGGGACUCAAGUCCCGGAAUCGCGAUGUGCAGAACAAAGCUGCCCAGGAUUUGCUGCUGUUCGUGAAGACGGAACUCAGGGAGUUGCCUCAAGAUGAGCCGAAUCAGUUCUUCGACGAGUUCAACCACCACAUCUUUGACAUGGUCUCCAGUGCGGACUUGAAUGAGAAGAAGGGCGGCGUUCUGGCCAUCAAGUGCCUCAUCAGUGGCGAUGUGGUCAACACGACAACGAGAAUCUCUCGGUACUCGAACAACCUGAGGAACUUGCUGCCCUCGAGCGAUGUGUCAGUGAUGGAGAUUGCCGCCAAGACGCUGGUGAAGCUGGCUCUGCUGCCCGGAUCGAAGGGCGCGGAGUCGUUUGAGUUUGACAUCAAGAGGGCUUUCGAGUGGCUGGCCGAGGACAGGAAUGAGGGGAAGCGUCAUGCGGCGGUGAUUGUGCUGAGGGAAUUGGCUGUGGCCAUGCCGACGUACUUUUAUCAGCAGGUCGGACCCUUUUUCGAUCACAUCUUCAACGCCAUUCGGGAUCCGAAGCCAAUCAUUCGAGAGGGAGCCGGACAAGCGCUCAGGGCAACACUGAUUGUGACUUGUCAGCGUGAGAAUGUCAACAAUAAGCCUCAAUGGUAUAGAACGUGCUAUGAUGAGUCCCUGGUGUGCUUCGGAGAGGUUCCGCUGAAGGAGAAGGGCGUGACGAAGGACGACAGAGUGCACGGAGCCCUGAUUGUUCUCAAUGAAGUGAUGAGAUGCUCCAAUUCGACGUGGGAGCGCAAAUACAACUCACUCAAGUGUCUUCAACCAGAGCGCAAGAGGAGCAUUUCUGAGGACUAUUCACACAUUUUCCCACGUUUCAAGGCGCCCUUCAUUGACAAGUGGCACAAUUCACCGCAGACAAGUUGGUAUACGUACUCUUUCGAGUUGGACUGCAACUCGAAGGUGAUGGGAAAUGUGCAGGAAUCGCUUGUCUGUCGACAGUUGGUGAUGGAGAAUUUCCAGGAGAUUUGUAUGAAAGUGAUGGAACAGAGGAUUUCACGAUCUUUCCACGUGCAGCAGAUACUUUUGUCCAUCUUGCCUCGCUUGGCUGCCUUCAAUCGGGAGAUUUUCGUGCAAAACUACCUGAAUGACACGAUAAUCUAUCUGCUGAAUAUCAUCAGGAACAAGGAAAAGGCGUCGAGCAUAGCGUAUACAACACUGGGAUCAAUUUCUGUGGCUGUAGAGAAGGACAUUGAGAAGUUCCUGCCGCGCAUCAUGAAGAUCGUGAAGGUGGCACUGCCGGUGGCCAAAGAAGUGACCAGCAAGAAGAAGAUCUCCUUCGAUUCGGCCGUGUUUGUGUGCAUCACAAUGCUGGGACAUGCCGUCAAGGGUACAAUUACGCAGGAUGUGAAGGAGAUGCUGGACUCGAUGUUCGCCACGGGCUUGAGUCCGGGCUUGACGAUUUGCCUGAGGGAACUGGCAGAGGAUGUGCCACAGCUGAAGCCGGAGAUCACGGAGGGUCUGCUGAGGAUGCUGUCGCAGGUGUUGAUGAACAAGAAGAGCCACCAGACAGCCACUUGGGGCACGCCCAAGCAUAACAUUGCGGCACAGUUUGCUUCUCUCACCGUCACUCCGGAUGCACCAGCGCCGGACUCGGCCACAAUUGUGCUGGCGCUGAAGACGCUGGGGACAUUUGACUUCGAGGAGCAUCGAUUGCUGGAGUUUGUACAGCGCUGUGCCGAUCACUUUCUGUGCCACGAUCAGCAGGAGAUCCGGCUGGAAGCGGUGCAGACGUGCAGUCGCCUGCUGAAGGUGGCGAUUCAGUCCACGGACACGAAUAGCGUGUGUGAGACGCUGAAGCAGACUGUGGCCAAUGUGCUGGACAAGCUGCUGGUGGUGGGCAUCACAGAUGUGGAUCCGAAUGUGCGGCUGAGGGUGCUCAGGUGUCUGGAUGACACAUUCGACUCGCAAUUGGCGCUGCCAGAGUCACUGAGUGCCCUUCUGAUCACACUGAACGAUGAGGUGUUUGAGAUUAGGGAACUUGCGAUCAUCACAAUUGGUCGUCUGUCGGCCAUGAAUCCGGCUUACGUGAUGCCGAGCUUGAGGAAGACUCUGGUUCAGCUGCUGACGGAGCUGGAGCACUCGGGAAUGAGCAGGAAUAAGGAGCAGAGCGCCCGAAUGUUGGACCACUUGAUUGUCAACACGCCGAAAAUCAUCUCGGCCUACAUGAGACCCAUUCUGGGCAUCCUCGUGCCGAAGCUGAAGGAGCCAGAUUCGAAUCCGGGCGUGGUGCUGAACGUCCUGAGGGCGAUUGGGGACCUGGCGGAGGUGAAUGGCGGCAGCUGCGAGAUGGAGAAGUGGGCCGAUGAGCUGCUGACGAUUCUGCUGGACUUGCUGAGUGAUUCGGGAUCACCGGACAAGAGGGGUGUGGCUCUGUGGACGCUUGGGCAAUUGGUUGGCGCCACUGGACGUGUGGUGACGCCGUACUACAAGUAUCCCUUCCUCAUUGAUAUCCUGAUAAACUUCCUGAAGACAGAACAGCAGCCGUCGAUACGACGGGAGACGAUUAAGGUGCUGGGACUUCUGGGUGCGCUGGAUCCGUACAAGCAUAAGAUGAAUAAGGGCCUGAUUGAUGGGCAGCAGGACAACAUAUUGAUUUCCGUGUCGGACCUGAAGUCCGAUGAGCACACGGAUCUCUCCACGGCGGAGAUGCUGGUGAAUAUGGGCAAUCAACUGGAUGAAUACUAUCCGGCCGUGGCGAUUGCCACGCUCAUGAGGAUCCUCAGGGAUCCCACGUUGGCGCAGCAUCACACGAGCGUCGUACAGGCUGUCACGUUCAUCUUCAAGAGUUUGGGCAUCAAGUGUGUCCCGUAUCUAUCGCAAGUUCUGCCCAGUUUGCUGGGUAAUGUCCGGACGGCGGAUAUGAAUCUGAAGGAGUUCCUGUUCCAGCAACUGUCCAUACUCAUUGAGAUUGUGAAGCAGCACAUCAUCAGCUACAUGGAGGACAUCUUCAAGUUGAUAAAGGAGUUCUGGACAAUCAAUACACCACUCCAGGCGACAUUGAUCAAUCUGGUGGAGAAGAUUGCCAUCGCUUUGGGGUGUGAAUUCAAGGUCUACCUGUCCCAGCUCAUGCCACAAAUCCUCAGAGUGUUUUCCCAUGACACUUCCAAAGACAGGAUUGUGACGGUGAAGUUGAUGCAGGCGCUGCAGAAGUUCGGCAAUAACCUCGAUGACUAUCUUCACCUGAUAAUUCCGCCUAUUGUGAAGCUGUUCGAUCCUCAGGACACUCCGCAGAGUGUGUGUGUGGUCGCCCUGGAGACCAUCAACUAUCUGGCGGGCAUUUUGGACUUCACGGGCUUCUCGUCACGCAUCAUUCACGCCCUGGUGCGCACUCUCGACUCCAGUCCUGACCUCCGGCCGGCAGCGAUGCAAGCUCUGUGCGCUCUUGUUAUUCAGCUGGGGAAGAAGUAUCUGGUCUUCGUGCCGCUUGUUCAUCGUGUGAUGGUGAAGCAUCAGAUUCUGUGUGUGGAGUAUGACAAGCUCAUUCCAAAGAUUCAGAGCAACACGACAGUGUGUCUGGACGAUGAGUUCCGGCUGAGACAGGCGAGAUUCAAGAAUCGCGAAGUCACCCUGAGCUGCAGUGACACGAAUACCAUCAAGAAGCUCCACGUGCAGGCGUCGGGAUUGGAAGUGGCGUGGCAGGCGGCGCGACGAGUGUCCAAAGACGAUUGGCUUGAGUGGCUGAGACAGCUGAGCAUUGGUUUGCUGAAGGAAUCCCAGAGUCCUGCGCUGAGAUCGUGUCGAACUCUUGCACACAACUACAAUCAAUUGCUGAGGGAUCUGUUCAAUGCGGCCUUUGUCUCGUGCUGGACGGAGUUGAAUGAUGACAAGAAGAAGGCACUGGCUGAGAGUCUACAGCGUGCCUUGAUGGUGCCCGAUCUGCCGGAGAUCACGCAAACCAUUCUCAAUUUGGCUGAGUUCAUGGAGCACUGCGACAAGGAGCAUUUCCCCAUUGAUCCUCGUCUGCUCGGCGAGAGAGCGAUGGAGUGUCGAGCGUACGCCAAGGCGCUGCAUUACAAAGAGCGAGAGUUUCACAGCAACAAGAAUCAUCAAGUCUACGAGUCACUGAUUCACAUCAACAACAAGUUGCAGCAGAAGGAAGCGGCUGAGGGAUUGCUGGAGUUUGUCACGGCAAAUUCCCAUGCUGGUGAGGACAUAAAGAUCCAGGUGCGAUGGCUGGAGAAGCUCCAUAGCUGGGAUAAGGCGCUGGAUGCGUAUCGCAAAGAGUUGAAGACGACACCGGAUCAUGCGGAUUUGAUACUGGGUGAGAUGCGCUGCCUGGAGGCGAUGGGCGAGUGGGAGGAGCUGGGAAAGGUGGUGAACGACAAGUGGGAGACCUUGGGCGAGGAGGGACAGAGUCGAGCUGGUCGACUGGCCGCUGUGGCAACGUGGGGAUUGCAGGAUUGGGAGAGGAUGCACGAGUACGUGAGCUGUAUUCCCGAGGACACGCAAGAUGGGGCUUUCUAUCGUGCCGUCCUGUCUGUGCACUAUGAGAACUACGAGAAUGCCCAGCGACUGAUCGAUCAGACUCGCGAUCUCCUGGACACGGAACUCACGGCGAUGGCUGGAGAGUCGUAUGAGCGUGCCUAUGGUGCGAUGGUGUGUGUUCAGAUGCUUGCAGAGCUGGAGGAAGUGAUUCAGUAUAAACUUGUGCCGGAGCGGAGGCAGACCAUCAAGGAGAUGUGGUGGAAGAGGCUUCAGGGUGGUCAGAGACUCGUGGAGGAUUGGCAGAGGAUUAUACAAGUGCACUCUCUGGUGGUUAGUCCGCAGGAGGAUGUGCACACGUGGCUGAAAUAUGCGUCGCUGUGCAGGAAGAGUAGCUCUUUGAAGCUGUCAGAGAAGACUCUAGUCAUGCUUCUCCACACGGAUCCCAAUGAGAAUCCAGACGCUCCGCUGCCGAUCAAUCAACCUCACGUGACAUUCGCCUACAUCAAGCAUAUGUGGAUGAUGGACAGGAAGGACAAGGCCUAUGAGCAGCUCAAGUGGUUCGUCAAUACGUACAGUGUGCAGAACAACUGUGCCAAUGGUGAGGAAGUGCCGGAGGACAACAGAAGACUCCUGGCCAGAUGCUAUAUGCGUCUCGGGCUGUGGCAGAAUACAAUUGAGGGCAUUACGGAUGCUUCGGUGAAGGGAAUCCUCUCAUCGUACGAGCAGGCGACCAAGCAUGAUCCGAGUUGGUACAAGGCUUGGCAUUCGUGGGCCUACAUGAACUUCAAGGUGAUUCAAUCGCAGAAGCAUCAGUUGGACAGUCAAACCAAUGACAUGGCGAGGAUUCAGAAGGAGAAGCAGAUCAUCGAUCAGUACGCCGUGCCCGCAGUGGCGGGCUUCUUCCAGUCCAUCAAUCUGUCGCAGGGCAACUCCUUGCAGGACACACUGCGUCUGCUGACCCUCUGGUUUGACUACGGUCAGUAUGCGGAGGUUUUCGAGGCUCUGGUGGAGGGCAUGAGGAUCAUUGAGAUCAACACGUGGCUGCAAGUGAUUCCGCAGCUGAUUGCGCGCAUUGACACGAAUAGAAAUCUCGUGGGACAGCUGAUUCACCAAUUGCUAAUCGACAUCGGCAAGAGCCAUCCUCAGGCGCUGGUUUAUCCCUUGACAGUGGCCUCCAAAUCUGCCUCGGUGGCGCGCAAGAAGGCCGCGCACAAGAUCCUGCAGUCACUCUGCGAGCACUCGCCCACACUGGUGGAGCAGGCGAUGAUGUGCAGCGAUGAGCUGAUCAGGGUGGCCAUUCUGUGGCAUGAGCAGUGGCACGAGGGUCUGGAGGAGGCGUCAAGGUUGUACUUUGGGGAGCGUAACAUUAAGGGUAUGUUUGACACGCUGGAGCCGCUGCACGCGAUGCUGGAGCGCGGCCCGCAGACACUCAAGGAGACGUCAUUCAACCAGGCGUACGGACGCGAUCUGACGGAAGCUCUGGAGUGGUGUCAGCACUACAAGAUGUCUGGCAAUAUAAGGGACUUGAAUCAGGCGUGGGAUCUCUACUAUCACGUCUUCAGGCGAAUCUCGCGGCAAUUGCCGCAGCUGACAUCGCUGGAGCUUCAGUAUGUCAGCCCAAAGUUGCUGGCGUGCAAGGAUUUGGAGCUCGCCGUGCCGGGAAGCUACAGUCCAGGACAGGAGUUGAUUCGUAUUUCGCAGUUCCAGAUCAAUUUGCAGGUAAUCACAUCGAAGCAGCGACCCAGAAAAUUGUGCAUUCGCGGCUCAAAUGGCAAGGAUUACAUGUUUCUGCUGAAGGGACACGAGGACUUGCGACAGGAUGAGAGGGUGAUGCAGCUGUUCGGACUGGUGAAUACUCUUCUGCUAAAUGAUCCGGACACCUUCAGGCGCAAUUUGACCAUUCAGCGCUACGCGGUGAUUCCGCUGAGCACGAACUCUGGGCUGAUUGGAUGGGUGCCACACUGCGAUACGCUUCACACUCUGAUCCGGGACUAUCGGGAGAAGCAGAAGAAGUUGCUGAACAUUGAGCACCGCACAAUGCUGCGAAUGGCGCCGGAUUAUGAUCACUUGAUGCUGAUGCAGAAGGUGGAGGUGUUUGAGUAUGCGCUGGAGGACUCGGAUGGGGAUGAUUUGGCGCGAUUGCUGUGGCUGAAGAGUCCGUCGUCGGAGGUGUGGUUCGACAGGAGGACAAACUACACGAGAUCGUUGGCUGUGAUGUCGAUGGUGGGCUACAUUCUGGGCCUGGGCGAUCGACAUCCGUCGAAUUUGAUGCUGGACCGGCUGAGUGGGAAGAUUUUGCACAUUGACUUUGGCGAUUGCUUCGAAGUGGCGAUGACGAGGGAGAAAUUCCCAGAGAAGAUUCCCUUCCGGCUCACGCGGAUGCUGAUCAAUGCGAUGGAAGUGACGGGAAUUGAGGGAACGUACAGACGGACGUGCGAGAGUGUGAUGACGGUGCUGAGGAAGAAUAAGGACAGUCUGAUGGCGGUGUUGGAGGCUUUUGUGUAUGAUCCGCUGCUCAAUUGGCGUCUGUUGGACACGAAGAUUGACAAGGGGAGGCGCUCGAAGACGGCAAUUGAUGUCACUGGCGGCGCAAUGGACAGUUUGGGUGGCAGUGCUGAUGACACGAUUGAUCUGCUGAGCAUUGGGAAUCAGAAUGCCAAGGCGGCGAAGGUGGGACAGGUGGAGUCGACGGGCAAUGAGGCGAAUGGAGCGUGUCUGCCGCCGCCGACAGAGGCGACAAACAAGAAGGCUCGCAUGAUUGUUGAUCGUGUGAAGCAGAAACUCACUGGAAAUGACUUUCCCAAUCAGGAUGCGAUUAGUGUGCAGAAGCAAGUGGAUUUGCUGAUUCAACAGGCGACAAAUAACGAGAACCUCUGUCAAUGCUACAUCGGAUGGUGUCCAUUCUGGUAGAUUUUAUUCACACUUCUUUGCCACCACGAAGCUUCCACGCUGCAAAUGCGCCCAAAGGCAAAUCACGUGAGCAUCUUUUUACCUUAUUUUGUGCUAGAUUUGUUGUGAGGAGAUUUAUGAUAAGAGACCUUUUUCGUAAAUAAAGAUUAUUGAGUAGAUAAUAUGCAAGUGAUUUCUUUGAAAAGUGCAUUGGCUCUGAUGUCAUUAUUUAGAGAACAUAUUUCUUAAUAAUUCCCUCAAGAU